AUGGCCUUCUACGCCUCGGCCGGCGGGCCGCUUUCGCCGGGCUACAACGCCACCUCGGCCUGGGGAGGCAACGAUAACGCUGAAGAGGACCCUUGGGCACAGCCGUCGACCUCGACCUCGAACACCGCUGCUGCAGGUCCUAGCGUCGGAGCACCCGCCAACCCGUACGCUGCGCAGUCGCCGCCCGGCGGCCUCUCGCCGCAGCACCACAAUCCGCAGGCUUAUCAGAGCUCCUACUUUGGCAGUGGCUCGCCGCCGACUUCCAACGGCGCAGCGGACAGCCGCCAGAACGGAAGAGAUGCUACCGCUGCUGCAUCUGCGGCCCAACAGCCGGCCGGUGGAUAUGGACAGGCGGAACCUCAGCCUGCCUACGGUGCUCCAGCUGGCCAGUCUUUCCACCAAGCUUCGGGUUCCUCGGGUUCCUCGACAUCUGUCGCACCUCCACAGCCAUCGCACCAACACCUUCAGCAGCAGCAGCAGCAGCAGGCACCAGGACAGCAGCAGCCACCAGCGCCACAGGUCCAGCCGCCCCCGCAGCAACAGCAGCAGCAGUCGUCGUUCCCGUCCCAGGCCCAGUACCAGCAGUAUGCCCAGACCGCCCAGGCCCAGCCCGCAGCGUCCCGCUUCCAGUCUCAUACCCCCUCGACGCUGCUGCCCUCGGAGCCCGCGGGUCUUCACGGAGACCAGGGCAACGGCUACGGUGCGGCGCCGCGACAGCUCGCGCCUGGCUACCCGCUGCCGGCAUCCAACUACGCCGUACCGGCCUACUCGCCGUUUGCGCGCGUGGAUAGCCUCAACCAGCGCCGCGAGGCGCCCGAGGACAUGUACGGCGUGCCCGAGAACUUUCUCGAGGUCGAGGUGCGCAACCCCAUGACGCACGGCUACGGCCGCAAGAUGUACACCGACUACGAGAUUGUGACGCGCACAAACAUCCCUGCGUUCAAGAUCCGCUACUCGUCGGUGCGCCGGCGCUACUCGGACUUUGAGCACUUCCGCGACAUCCUCGAGCGCGAGUCGACGCGCGUCAACAUCCCGCCGCUGCCCGGCAAGGUGUUUACCAACCGCUUCACCGACGAGGUCAUCGAGUCGCGGCGCGAGGGCCUCGAGCGCUUCCUCCAGGUCGUCGCGGGCCACCCGCUCCUCCAGACCGGGAGCAAGGUCAUGGCCGCCUUUUUGCAGGACAGCGGAUGGAGCAAGGACCAGUGGAUGUAG